ACUUCAAAGUUCCUAGUAGGCAGUGUUGUUGGUUUUCUUCCGCCAACUGGGUUUCGAAAGUAAGCUGCAACCUCUGUCAUACGUCGUGUCCUGACGAAGCGUUCGUCAAGCACAGGAACCGGGAGUUAGACAAACAGUGGCCGGAAAGUGUUCUCUGUGUGAGUGACCCGGCGGUGAGGCCGGUGAUCGGACAGGCACCAUGCGGCGAAUCACAUUAGCGUCACGCCUAGGUGCUCUGGUGGCUGUGUUCGUUUUGGCUUUGAGCACAGCACCCCAUCUGUCUUCCGCUGUGGAUUUCGACGGCUGCGGUGGACCUGACGAUCCAACAUGCUUGCGCGACCUGGCAGUGGACAAUAUCCGCAUACCCUCACCUCGAUUCUCGGUGCAGAUCGACGAGAACAUCUUCAAUGAAUCGCUGGAGCUUGACGUCGUAGUGGAGAGCACAGACCCUGCGCAGCACCAGCGGUGUCUGCCAUUCGGAAAUCCUGCAAUCCGGGGCUCUGUUGGUCCGAACGUGACGGAGAUCGGCAUUCCUAGCGAUGUUGUAGCCAACAUCACUUUCUUCCUGAACUGUAACUACACGGUGACGAUCACCUCGGCCGAUGGUGCAAGAAAGAUCUGGCAUCACUUCACCGAUGUACCUGAGGAGCUGACCGGAAGAGAGCUACUGCCGAUCAGACAACUCACCCUCGCGGCAACAGAAGGCACUGGAUUUCGACUGGAAUGGAGAGAUGCGGAUCCUGUCUGGGCCGUCCACCAUUUUGAAGUGGCAUACUUCCGUCCAAGCUCCAUACUGCCAGAUGGUGUUGCAUCAGUUACUCCUACUCGCCGACUGCUGUUGAAUGCAAGUGUCCAUUCAAUCUUCAUCAAUGCUGAUACACGAUACAGCUACACGUUCAGGGUGUAUUCGGUAGGAGCAGCACCUCUCAGCUUCGGAAAAGUCACUAUUGGAACUCACAGCUAUUUUGGGGAUGCGCCGGUGAUCGAGUCACUCCCAUCGCCAUUCCGGGACAUUGAAGUGAGUGACCAUGUGCCGACAACACACGGUGGGCUGAUGACCGUGUCCUUGAGGUGGCAUUAUGAUCCCUCGUUUCCUGGCCUGGAGGACGGCGUGCCAGUCAGACUGGCCAUGACAGUCGAUGAGGGUACGGAUGAAGAUGAGACGACGCGCUGUGCUGGACUACCGGGUUUCAGGAUAUUGCAGUUAUCCUCAGACAGAACAUCGCUGACACUUCCGCUGGAUUUCCCUGGAGAAUGGCAGGCUUCAGUUCACUACGGCUGCCAUUAUCGCUUUCAGCUUGCAGCAGUUAUCAACGGCACUCAACGCUCGUCGGAAAUUGCAAGCUUCUCCACGCAUGCGCGACUCGAUGCCGGCGACGUGGCAGAUUUCAACAGCACCGAAUACUACGAGUUCGAUGCCAAAGUCAAGUUGCUCGAGACGCAGAACAGCACAGCAUCGUUGCAAGUCAAUAUGACUUGGGUACUUCCAGUUUCGCCACUUCUGCUCCCUCCGUUCUUCCUGGUCUUUCAAGGAGAGGCAUACCAGUGCAACCAGCGGAGAAGAUUCGGUGUGCAGGUCCCUGUUACAGUUGGACUCAACGAUACCAGUGGACACCGCUACUAUGCUUCUCUGAACCUUGAUGACGUUCCAGUGCCAUACUGCGUCAUUUGUCUGGUGUCUGCUAUUGUGCUGCGCGAUCCUCUUGAUGAAUCAAGCUCGCAACCAACGCGGUUUUCUUAUGUCAAACUGAAUGCAUCCGCAGUGACAGUGGCACCAACCACCUCGGAAAGGCUAACAUCAGCAGCAACAUCAGCAAUGGACUCAACAGUGACACCGCAGGUCGGCACGACAUCCUCCCGGGCUGCUGGCUCACCAGGCGGCGGCAGCGGCGGUGUAUCACUGACCAUCCUAAUACCCGUCGUGACCGUGUCCGCGCUGUGCAUUCUCCUGUACAUCGUCGUGGCUGUCGUGCGCUAUCACCGCAACGCCGCCGCUGUCGACCGCGCCCUGUCAAAGUACGACUCGAAGACCGGAAUUAUCCUGGAUAACAAGAUGCUGGAGGAGUACGACCUAGAGAAGCCGGUGUGGAAAGUUUGUCAAAAACACAUGCAAGUCGAUCUGCCAGAGUUUGACAUUGGGGAGUUUGACGACGGCAGAAAAGUGGAUAAGCUCGGUGAGUUUGGAGUGAACACGCAAGUGCAGAUCCUGAUGCACAAUCUAAGCUUGCACGGAUUCGACAUCGAGAUCACCUCCUACCUCGGCGCAGGCCAGUUCGGCCAGGUGUUCAAAGCCGAGCUGGAGGACGCCGACGGAGUAGUGACGGACGUGGCAAUAAAGAGCCUGCACCCCAAGGCAACGGUUGUCGAGCUGAAGCAAUUCCACGAUGAGAUUGACAUCAUGAAGGACUUGGAGCCACACGAGAAUGUCAUACGCAUGCUGGGCUGCUGCGAAGAGGGCCUCGCUUCUAGCUGCCUGAUCGUUGAGUAUAUGGAGCACGGCAACUUGCAAGACUUUCUGCGGGAAUCGAGGAAGAACAGAGAUGCAUCGGUAGGAUCAGCCGAUAGCCCCUAUCACAAUGAAACAGGUUCUACUGCUGCAGAGCUGCUUACGGUGGAGAUCACGGACAGUGGAUGUCUUGGCGUCAAGGAUACGCUGCACUUCGCCAUGAAGAUAGCCGCCGGAAUGGUACAUUUGGAAAAACUGGAGAUCGUUCACCGUGACCUGGCCGCCAGGAAUGUACUGCUGGGCAAAGGCAACAUGGUGAAGAUCUGUGACUUUGGCCUGGCGCAGGACGUGUACCACGUUGACAUCACAAGGGAGACAGAGAAGAAGGGCAUGCCGCUGCCUUACCGGUGGAUGGCCCUCGAGUCACUUCAGUCGAAAGUCUUCACAACGGCGAGUGAUGUGUGGUCGUAUGGAAUAGUCCUGUGGGAGAUUGCGACUGCGGGUGUUCACCCGUACCCGACUACGGACAACGGAGACCUUCUUGACCUGCUGCUUGCUGGGAAGAGACUGGCGAAACCGGAGGACUGCUCUGAUGGAAUGUAUGCGGUCAUGCUGGAGUGCUGGGACGAACUGCCUGAAAACCGUCCGGCCUUCACUGAAAUCUCACAGACCCUGGACGGCAUGCGAACAAAGUUUUUGCAGUACGUCGAGGUGGAUAUCUAGUGCAUGGCUUGAGCUUCGUGCGAUGGCAGCCAUCGCUGUACAUGUACAUACAGCCUCUCAACUAUGACAAUCACGCCAGGCUGUGUCUCUUGGCUGAGCAAUGUUCUCUGACCGUGAUCUGCGAAAUAUCAUCAGUUGAACAUUGAAAAUAGACCAAGUUCACACUGUCACAUAAGCACUUUAACCCAGGCGCGUGCCCCGUAUGGGUUUCUGGGUGCCCGGAACCCCCCUUUUUCCCUCAAAAUGCAGGAUUUUGCUUUCAUUUUUUGAACAUUUUCCGGGAGAGGCCCCCGGACCCCCCCCCCCCUUGAAGGGCACCGGCGCACGAGCCUGCUUUAACCACACCCUAUGAUAAUAUCUACCUCAUCUAUGAACGACCCACAAUUUCCCAGCGGCUGCUCAUUUGUUACUAUUCCCAUCAUCACAGCUCGUAACAAAUCCUCAGAAGAACCUAAAACUGACCACUACUGUUAUGUGCCAAUAGAGUUCUUGUUUACACGUGUUCUUACCCUUGCCUUACGGAUAUCUCAAGUUUCUCUACACACUUGUCGUGAUUCGGGCCGGCUAACAUUUGAAGCCUGUUUUCUGCAUAUACGUUUUAAUUAUAGCAUUUUCAGAUUCUAUCUAUGACAAUACACAGCCGUGCACAAGCAACCAUGCA